CUAUAUAUAUGUUGACACGAGAAGCGCACCAAACUUGUUAGCGACACUUUCUUCUGAUUAUUUGAAUGAUGGGUAACGCAACGAAAUCCGAGCAAUGGGUUUUGGAUCUCUCUUGGGUAUUCCCAAGGAGAAUUUAAACCAUGAUUUGAUUUUGGCCCUUGCAAAUGCCUAUAAUCCCUCCAAAUUUCAUCUUCUCACUCCGAUAGGAAAAGUAGAUGUUACUUGGGAUUCAGUUGCAGCUGUCUUUGGAUUCCAUGUAUACGGUGACCCAUUCAAGGAUGUAACUAAAGAGCAUGAGCCCAUGCUUUUAGAGUUCAAGAAAAAAAGUCCAAAUGCUUUGAGACAAAUCAUGUUAGAAAAUCCAAGAGGGGGUCCCAGAUUUAGGAGAGCUUUUUCGUUGUAUGCAUUUAUAACAUUUUUGUUAUCAAUAAAUACAACAAUAACUCGGGAUAAAAUUUUUCCAUUUGUAAUUGAUAUUGAUAAUCUAAUGAAGUACAAUUGGAUUAGAUGCAUUGUUGAUGGCCUUGCUGAUGGAGUUAACAACUUUAAAGAAGGAGUGGUGUCAAGUUUGAAUUGGUGCAUAUAUGUGCUUCAGAGGCUGGUUAGGUCAAAGGAAGAGCAACAUAUGCCUAAAAGGCCAGUUCGACCAAAGAAAAGCGUUGUGAAAGAGGCUACCAAAGUGGAAAAAGAGCAAAGUGAAAAGAUAAAAGUGGUAGACAGCCCUAAGAAGGAUAAAAAAGAAUCGAGGCAAGAAGAUUCUGCAAAAUCAACCAAAGUAAAAAAACAACAAAAUGGAAAGAGAAAAAUGGUAGACAGUCCUAAUAAGGACAAAAAGGAAUUGAGGCAAGAAGACUCUACAAAAUCAAAGAGAGAAAAGAAGCCAGAAUGA